GGCACUGCAGCAUAAAUAACACAACUGGAAAAAAGCCCACUAUAAUUUUUCAAUAUAAGGCUUUUUAAGUUAUUCUUGCUCACCAUCCAUCCGUCUCAGUCACUUGUUUGAAUCUGUAGGAGUCUCAUGGGGCUAAAUGAGCUCUGCUGAUUUUUAAAGGAUUUAUUGAUUAUUGUUUCAAGGAGGCUAGAGACAGGAAACACUUGAAUUUUAAUGUUUUUUCGAGGUUGAAAACGUGCUAAGAUUCAUUAUCGUCUGUUUACAAACACUUGACAUAUUUUGAAACGUGACACUUUGUUGGGUUUAAAUUAUGUCACACCUGUUGUACAAUGCUGUUAUAAAACAUGUUUUAUAACACAAUCACAUAUAAUUUAAUGUGUAUGUGUUUUAUAUGAACAUGUAAUUUACCACAGCUGUGAGGUGCUGCAAAAGUACUUGAAUCAGACAUUGGAAAAGGUGUAUGAACCCUGGAGAAUAUAGUCAAAGAGGAACGCAAUUUAGACAUUUAGUGGUGUUUCGCUUUCUAGUGAGGGAAACGACACUAAACUGAAGUAUAAGUGUAUUGAUAGCUCUACAGCAAACACAUUGGAAUGGUUCACUUGCAAAAAAACAACAAAAAUAAAAUCUUUUUAUUUUGCUACAUGUUUUUUGUGUUCAAACCAGGAAAUAUCAAACUGGUUUUUGGUUGUUUGUUAAAGAUGUUAUUUUUUAUAAAUCAACAACCUGUGUACCCAAAGGUAUAUGAAUGAAAAUGUUACUUUAUCCUUUUUAGAAUGUCUGUAGUUUGAAAAAUUAACUAUUUUUUUAAUACCAGUUUAUGACCAAAAUGUGACUAUUUUACAAUUUCUUCUAUAAAACCCAUCCAAAGGGCUCCUCGUGUAAAAAUAAGAUGGCAGCUUUCAAAUUUGCUAUUGGAUGCAGUUUUCAAAGGCUUUAUCAAUUAGUGGCAUCAAUCAGUUCAAUUUUAUUUUACUUAUAUAACCAAAAAAAAAACCAGCAACUGAAAAGUGUUGUGUAAUUUCAAUUUGUGUCAAGUAGAAGAUCAGAUACCAAAGUUAACUUUAUUUAUUUAUUUACCUCUGUAUCUCGUGACACUACUAAGCUUCCUUUAAUCUUCAAGAUUGAAGCCACAGUUCUUCCACAACAGCAGCUGAGUGAUGCUGACUAUAUGUGCUAUACCCCCCACCCUCUCUCUCUCUCUCUCUCUCUAUCUCUCUCUCUCCUUCUCUCCCUCCCUACCUCCUACAUAGUUUCUCAGUAUGCAGGUCUCUCACUGAGUGAGCCAGUGUCAACACGAAUGCCUCAUGCAGAGAGAGGAUUCAGGUUGAGAUAAAAUAAAAUAUAAGAGACGAUCUUUGCUGUAAGGCCGGCUGGGAGAGCACAGGAAGAGACGGACAGCCGGACAUCAGUAAGUGUCUCUUUUGAGGCCCCAGGUGCUGCCUCUCCUCUCUGUAUGCUGCUGUGGGUCAGUGUAGGACAUCCAUGGGAGAGAAUGUCUCACAGAGGGACUCCUGGUUCGUCCCCUCGUCCAUCAACCCGCUGUUCCUCUCCCGACUGCCCCGCGCUGCAGACCUAGCUGUAGCCGUCUUCCUUACCUUCACAUGUGUCAUGUCAUUUCUGGGGAAUGGCAUGUCAUUGUUAAUCUACUGCAGGAAGAGAAAGAAGCUCAGACCUCCAGAGCUCAUGACCAUCAACCUGGCCCUCUUGGAUCUUGGUUUCAGCCUCUUAGGAGGGCCGUUUUUCAUAAUUUCCAGCCUGUGUCAUGCCUGGGUGUUUGGGGAGACAGGAUGUCUUUGGUACGGCAUUCAGGGCUUUGUGUUUGGCAUCGGCUCUCUGCUCACCACCUGUCUCAUCUCUCUGGACCGCUGCCUGAAGAUUUGCUGCUUAAGAUAUGGUCAGUGGAUUGAGCGGCGCCAUGGGUUUCUGUCCAUAGCGCUGGUGUGGGUUUACACACUGUUCUGGGCCUUGCUGCCUCUGUUCGGCUUUGGCAGUUAUGGACCUGAACCAUAUGGGACCAGCUGCACCAUCAACUGGUGGGGAAUGAGGUCGUCUCUAAAUGACAGAAUCUAUAUUUUCCUAGUCCUGGUAUUGUGCUUCGGAGUUCCUACGCUCGCCAUCCUCGCUUCAUACUUGGCCAUCCUGCUGAGGGUCUACAGAUCUAAUCGCAUUCUGGCAUCUAUUCCGUCCUCCUCUGUCAGUCACACCAGUAAAGACCUGAGACUUGCAAAGAUGGCUGCUGUGGUGUGCAUUUCCUUCCUCGUGGCCUGGACACCGUAUGCUACUGUGUCUCUGAUCUCUGCACUCAUUCCCAGAGAUGACCAGGAGGCAUCUUUACAGACUGUGGUGGAGGAGUCUACUGGUGGUGCUUCAAACUCUCCAGAUGCUCCAAAUAUCCUGGACAUCUCGUCACUGCUGAACUGGACAGCUAGAGAGUAUUACAGAGGAAUCUAUUACACCCCUGACGACAAAUGGAAUGAUGUGAACAACAUGAACUCAGUGGCCAUAACCAGUGAUCCCAUGUUCAGAUCCAAGCUGGACAAAGAAGUUGAACUAGAGACCAGGAGCCCCCAGCCGAUGUCCUGUCUCUCACCUUUAGUCACCUUGAUCCCUGCUAUGUUUGCUAAGUCCCACUGCAUGAUGAACCCUUUCAUCUACCAGAUCAUGAACAGGGAGUUCAGGGAUGACGUAUAUGAGAUGGUGUUUGGCCAAGAGAAGGCUGAGAGGAGGCGAAUGCAGGGGAGGAAGGAGAGUUUAGGUGAAAGGAGCAUGAGCAUCUCCUACUGCCAGAGCUGGAGGAGGAAACGAAGCGACCCAGUGUCUUUGUCUGUGGAAAGAAAAAAAAGUUACAAGAAGAAGAGAGGGAGCAGCAGUGGGGAGAUUGGGGGAGAUAAUAUCUCAGUAGGGGCUGUUGCAUUGGAUUUUUAUUCCUCGGACACUCAAGGCAACAUGGAGAGACACUGCAGCAUUAAUGGAUGGACAAGGAGAAAUCUAAGAGGGUCCACAUCCAGCACUGAUAUUAAGACAUAGACAGAUGGACAGAUACAGGGCUUUAAGAAGGCUUCUCCUAGUGCUGCUCUGGCAUUCUGAGUUCCAAUAAAAUAAUUGAAUUAUGACUAUGAAUUUAGAUUUAUUGGGCUUUCUUUUCUUG